AUGUCUGCACCUUCUGGAAGGCUUCAACCGCAGCGGUUUGCUGCGUUGCCAAAUCCGAUCACAGCUGAAAAUAAAUUUUGGCGAUCUUUCAAAGUUCCUGUCGUAGCAAAGGAAUAUAGUUCUGUCAGCAACAUUCAUUUCUCUGCUGAAUCACCACAUGAUUUUGCUGUUACAAGCGGUACACGUGUUCAAAUAUAUGGAGCAAGCUCACGUUCUGUGAAGAAAACAAUUGCCCGUUUCAAAGAUAUUGCAUAUUCCGGUAAUAUUAGAAAAGACGGUAAACUACUCAUUGCAGGUGAUGCCACUGGUCUCGUUCAGAUUUUCGAUUUAUCGACUCGUAGUAUCUUAAGAAGUUUAAAUGUGCAUAAGUAUCCUGUGCAGGUUACUAAAUUUUGUCCUUAUUCAACAACUAGCUUCCUUUCUGGAUCUGAUGACAAGACUGUUAAAGUCUGGGAUUUAACUACGGGUGAAGCUAGCCAUGAUCUUCAGGGACAUGAGGAUUAUGUGCGUGCCGCAGAAUGGCUAAGUGCUACUAGACUGGUAAGUGCUGGUUAUGAUGGCACUGUUCGAUUAUGGGAUACACGUUUGGCACAACCCGAGGUAAUGUCAUUUGAUCACGGAGAUUCAGUGGACGCUGUCUUGCCCCUGCAAUCAGGAAGUACUAUAGUUUCUGCUGGUGGGCCUUCUGUUAAGGUUUGGGAUCUGGUAGCUGGUAAAUCAACAGCAGCUAAAACACUGGCCAACCAUCAAAAGAGUGUUACAUGCUUGAGCACGAAUUCAGACAAUACUCGUGUCUUAAGUGGUGGUUUAGAUGGCCAUGUCAAAAUUUACAACGUGGCUGAUUGGAAGGUUGUCCACGGUAUUAAAUAUUCUGCUCCUAUUUUGUCACUGGGUCUUUCUCCUGACGAUCGAAAUCUCGUCGUUGGUAUGACCAAUGGUGCUUUGUCUCAAAGAACCCGCCGCGUAGGCAAGCAACCGACCACAAAGACUCCUUUCCUCUUAGGUGUCGGCAGUGCAUUUGGUGUUGCUCAACGUAAAAAAGACGUUUACAAGGGUGAAAAUGAUGAAUUCUACGUCGAAGAAGUACGUCGUAAAAGACUUCGUCCUUUCGAUAAAGCUUUGAAAACUUUUAAUUAUGGCGAUGCUUUAGAUAUGUCCCUAGAAAACGGAUCCCCAAUUUUGGUGGUUACCAUGUUAAUUGAAUUAUUGCAUGUGGGAGGUCUACGUAUAGCGAUUUCUAACCGUGACGAUCUUUCUCUGAGUCCGCUUUUGAAGUUCUUGCGAAAAUAUAUUCAAGAUCCACGCUUUACAGACGUUUUGACUAUAGUUGCAAACACUGUCUUGAACAUAUAUGGAAUUGCAUUGGGCGGUAGUGUCAUGGUUGAAAGUGCCAUUUCAAAGUUCCGCGAAAAGGUUGAGCAGGAAGUUGUCAUUUCUCAAAAAGCCAACGAGCUGGUUGGCAUGUUAAAUAUGCUUUCAGCAUAA